CAAGAGCAGGCAAUUCAGAUGGAGCCAUUGAAUGCAGAAGUAGAUAAGUGGGAGGUUGCGGUUAACCGUGUGCUGCUACAAGAUGUCAUUGGACGAGGGGCGUUCGGAGCCGUGUGGAGAGCUCUCCUGAGUUCACCAAAUGGACAACCUGGAAAUCGGACAGUGGCCGCUAAAUGUUUCACGCCCACUGCUGGAGAGGAAGGAAGGAAAUGUCUGAUGAGGGAAAUUGAGCUGGGGAAACUUAUCGGUGAAAACGUUCCGCCAAACAUUGUAAAGUUCAUGGGCUGCGUUACGACAGAAAUUCACCCAAUACUCAUCAUGGAGUACAUGCCAUGUGGUGACCUCCUUGGUUACCUGAGAAAAUGUCGAGGAGUGAGGGAUCGCUAUUAUCUUGGUGAGGGAAGAGCCCAGGAUUUGACCAACUACGAUCUUGUGAUGUUUGCCAAACAAAUCGCCGCCGGUAUGGUGUUCCUUGGAUCGCGAGGGAUCAUCCAUCGUGACCUGGCAGCUCGAAACAUUCUCCUUGAUAAAAACUAUGUUUGCAAAGUGACGGACUUUGGUAUGGCAUAUCAAAGCUUCAAGUAUGGCCAUGGAAAUGCCAAAAAGGGAUGUUUGCCAAUCAAAUGGACUGCACCAGAGAUUCUGCUGGGAGAACUUGCUGGACUUUCCACCUUGAGUGAUGUGUGGUCCUAUGGUAUCGUUCUUUAUGAGAUAGUUACCCUUGGAGGAAUUCCGUACGACGGAUGGUCAGAAGGCAUGGUGGUUGCAGAGGUCACAAAGGGAUAUCAGAUGCCAAAGCCUGAUCAUGUUGAUAACAAAGUGUAUGAUAUCAUGAAAAGGUGCUGGAAUCGUAACCCUGACUUCCGUCCUCCUUUUGAAAACCUGCGACAAAGAAUGGACAAAUACAUUCGUGAAGAGACAUAUGUGGAACUUCUUGACAUGGGCGCUUAUGACAAGGCAAAAUACUCCAGGGUUGAAGAUCUCGGAAAUGAAGAUGCAGGACCAAGUGAGGAAGUUGCAAAGAAGACCUCAGCUAAGGGAUUGGGAAGAAGUGCCAGUGACCGUCGUUAGGGUACAUAAUCGUCACUUCUCGGUGCUAAACUAAGUGUAGGUUUGUGUUAGUUAAAUUUCUCUCCAUAUAUAUAUUAGAAGAAUAUGCGAAAGCUUUAUCCUUGAUUAACAAAAUGAUAAUAACAAAAGUACAAAAAACUAAUGAAUUAAUUCUCAAAGAAUACCAAUAAUAAAUAAUUUAAUCGGUUUCAGUAUAAGGAAAAUUGUAUAGAUAUGAAUUGAACUUACGUAAUCGAUAAAAUCAGAAGAGAAAAAAACAAACAAACAAAUAAAAAACAACCAACUUGAAAAACAGCUCGUUUAUGCAGACAGCUGUACUUUGCAAACUUUGCAACAACAUUUCAUGUUGUAUUGUGAAACUAUUUAGCAAAUUUGCUUGUGGCAGACCUAGUAGGAGAUCUCCUAACGACGGUAUGAAAUUUGGUAAAAUUUUGUAGUUUGAUUAUGAAUCAGUCGUGCGGUACUAGUUAGCACUGAGGUAUCACUUAACGAAGCAUCUUCUUUAAAUUAUAUGCAUCACUUCUGGUGAUUUGUUUAACUUUCAAGUUACUUUUAUUUGAAAACAAGCGAUUGCAUUGUUAUUGACAUUUAACGUUUUGCUCUUAGUAUCAAAUGCUUUUGUCAUAAACGGAGAGAACCGUCUUAAUAGAGUGUGAGUUAAUCAAAUUAAUAAUUUUCCUAAGUGUUUUCGAUUCGUACGAAGAAAAAAUAAACACUACACAAAGGGUGCGUACAGUGGUAAACGGAACAAUUUUGCUAUGGCAAAAUGGAAUGCUUGUCGAAAAACUUGACGAAAUGAGAGCACGUAUGAGCGUUUAAUUUUGUACACAAUCCAAACACAUUAAGUUGUAUCUAACAUAAUGUUAAACACUCUAUUUAAUAUCUGCAAUAAAAAGA